CCCUUAAUAGCUAGUGGCAUUGCAACAGAGUAGGCCAGCUAUUGUAGUUAAUACUAGUAUAAAUGAUAUGGACUGCCUUCCUGGAGGUAAGUCCACUGAAUGCAUGAAGGCUUAACUUUGCAUCAGCAUAAGUACAGAACGAUGGGGCUGGCAAUGUGAUCAGAACAAUUUCAGGAUAUAAAGCUGAUUUUUACCAGAAGUUUCGCUCAUUAUUUAAGAGGACUGCAUUGUAAAAAGAACUAUUAGGAAAUAGUAAUAUUUAAAAAGUCAAUUAAAACAAUGGUAAUAAAGGUGAAGAUUAAGUGUAAAUAAAAUGUGCUUAUUGUAUCCUGAUGUUUUAGAAAAAUUGGGGAAAUUUUGUGAUGUAUUUAAAUGUAGAAACCAUCAUAACAAUGCUGUUUACUAGUAGAGUCAAGAUAUCAAAGGCUAAGAUGUGUGUAACUUAAUCUUAUAGCACUCUCAGUACCAUUUUCAUUUGUAAGGCAGCCAAAUCAAUUGAUUGUAAUAUUGCUAACUUUUAAAAGCACCAAGAUAAAUAAUAAAUAGAGCUACAGGGUGAUUUGCCUAUUUGUCUAUGGAUCCUUGCAUCUUCUGUCUGUUCUCUCUGUUUUCCUUCCUUCCAGAAAAUCCAUUGCUACCUUAUCGUAGCAGGCUUCCUUAGGCAAGACUCCAUCAUGUAGGUAUGCUUACCCAGCAGUCACUGCUCGUUUUGGCCCUAGGCAAGCUGAAGAGCAGACUUCUCCCCAGGAGAGAGAAUGUGUGAAGAGAUGCAGAAAUUUGGAAGAACUGCAUCUUGAAGGCCUGUUCAAGGAGCUGUGAGCAUUCAAGUACCCAAAUGGAAAGAAGGAGAUGAUCCAACAAAAGGACAUUUUGCAUUAACAUCAAGGGAAAAACAUGUUUGGUGGACUUAAAUUGGACCACAUCUAGUAGACGGUUUCUUGACUGUGGGAAAAGGAAGAAAGACAGAAAUAGUUCUGAGCAGGGAAGAUAGGACAGGAGGAGAAAAAGGACCCAAAAGCAGAAGCAGAAGUGCACACAUUGCAACUUGCAGUGAAGAACAACGAUGUUAAAUAUGCUUCCUGUUCCUGUAUUAGUGCUCAGCAACUUGGAACUGCCUGUUUGCCUCAGUUCUUUCUACCCAUACCUACCAACACGGACUGAUCGUGGAGCAGUCUAUGAAUGUGUGAUGGGCAGCAGAAACACAUGAGGUAGAUGGGUAGAGUCAAAAAAGGAGAAUUCACAUCUGGAGAGUCCGGUUGAGACAUCGAACGCUCAUUUGCUUUUAUUUUCAUCUUAAAAGAAACUUCUUCAGAUAAUUUUUCAAUUGUUUUCUUAAUUGGAUUUUUGAUUCUGCCACUGAUCACCUGGGAAAUAAUGAGGUGGUUUCAUCGUGACCUGAGUGGCAUAGAUGCUGAGGCCUUACUCAAAGCACGAGGAAUUCAUGGCAGCUUUCUGGCUCGGCCCAGCCGGAAGAACAAGGGGGACUUUUCCCUUUCGGUCAGGGUUGGUGAUGAGGUAACUCACAUCCGUAUCCAGAAUACUGGAGAUUAUUAUGAUCUCUAUGGAGGAGAGAAAUUUGCUACUCUAUCAGAAUUGGUGGAAUAUUAUACACAGCAGCAGGGAUCCCUGCAGGAUAAAGAUGGAACCAUCAUACACUUGAGGUAUCCACUCAACUGCUCUGAUCCCACAACAGAAAGGUGGUACCAUGGACAUCUUUCUGGCCCAGCAGCUGAGGCUUUACUCCAAGCCAAGACUGCACCGUGGACCUUCUUAGUGCGUGAGAGCCUUAGCAAGCCUGGUGAUUUUGUGCUGUCUGUCCUAACUGACCAGCCUAAACCUAGGACUGAUGCUACUGGAGCCCACAGCCAAGAACGACUCAAAGUUACCCAUAUCAAGAUUAUGUGUGAGAAAGGGCAGUACACAAUUGGGGGUACAGCAAGAUUCGUCAGUUUGGCUGACUUAGUGGAACAUUUUAAGAAGACAGGAAUUGAGGAGGCAUCUGGAUAUUAUGUGUAUUUAAGACAGCCUUUCAAUGCCACUCGAGUGAAUGCAGCUGACAUUGAAAACAGAGUGGAAAUGCUCAAAAGGAGGAGUCAAGCAGAAGAGGCAAACAAAGGUGGUUUCUGGGAGGAAUUUGACAGCCUGCAGAAACAAGAAACAAAGAACUUGUAUGAUCGACACGAGGGUCAAAGACCAGAAAAUAAGAGCAAGAACCGUUAUAAGAAUAUCUUGCCCUUUGACCACUCCAGAGUUAUUCUUCAAGACAGAGAUGUGAAUAUUCCUGGGUCGGAUUAUAUCAAUGCCAACUACAUCAAGAAUGAGCUGUUCGGUCCGGAGGAAUACAGUAAAACCUAUAUUGCCAGCCAAGGUUGCCUGGAGGCCACCAUUAAUGAUUUCUGGCAGAUGGUAUGGCAAGAAAAUUCACGCAUUAUUGUGAUGACCACUCGGGAGGUGGAGAAAGGACGGAAUAAAUGUGUUCCCUACUGGCCAGAAGUAGGAAGCAGCAAAGAGUACGGGCCAUAUAUUGUGGAAAAUAUUGGAGAUCGUGAGGCAAUAGACUAUAAACUCCGACAACUUCGGCUUUCACCAAUCAAUAAUGGUGAGGCCGUGAGAGACAUCUGGCAUUACCAAUACUUGAGCUGGCCAGACCACGGAGUGCCCAGUGAGCCUGGAGGGGUUCUUAAUUUCCUUGAUGAACUCAAUCGGAUGCAGGAAAGUGCCCCAGGAGCUGGACCCAUCAUAGUGCACUGCAGUGCUGGGAUUGGUCGCACUGGGACCAUCAUUGUCAUUGAUAUGACUGUGGAUAUGAUUUCCACCAAAGGACUGGACUGUGACAUAGAUAUUCCAAAGGCCAUUCAAAUGGUCCGGUCGCAGCGCUCAGGAAUGGUGCAGACUGAAGCUCAAUACAAGUUCAUCUAUAUGGCCAUUUGCCAAUUUAUAGAGAUCACCAAAAAGAAGCGGGACAUAUUGCAGUCUCCGAAAGGAAGACUAAAUGAAUCAGAAUAUGGGAAUAUCACCUACCCACUUGCCCAGAAGAUCUCACACCCAAAGAUUUCUAGAAAAUCGUCCAGGCAAAAGGAGGAACCAACCCUCUAUGAGAAUUUAGACAACAUGAAAGGGAAAAAGGAAGAGAAGGGUCAUAAACCAUGGCCUUCUGGGAAAGAAAAGAAACCUAAAGGCUCUUUGAAGAAAAAAUAACCAUCAUUGGCUCCAUUCGCAGUGAUCAUUUGUCCUUGCUAAUAACAAUUUUGUCUAGAGGUUUACAGAAUUGUAGAUGGCUGUCCAAACACAUUUUGGUCAUUGCAUGGAAUUUCAUUUCUCCUUUCAUCACUUUAUUCUCUCUUGUCCUUUGGUCCCUUACAUAUAUUAUUUUAAAUUAUCGUAAGCCUCUUAGAUGUUUAUUUCAUUUGCAUGUAGAAUCUUGCACCCACUGUGAUUGUGCAGGCUGUGGUUCUCAGCCACCAAUUUAUUGCCUUGAUUCCUUACCUCCUAAACUUCCCCAUCUUUCAGCACAACUACGAGCUAGAUUUCUACUGUUUUUGAGUCUGUGCAAAGUAUCUCAUUCCACCUGCUUGUGUUCCCUAGACCUUUCCUAAGAGGGCCUAGCCCUUCCCUUUUUUUAGAAUGUACCCCUUACUAGGUGGUACAAAGUUUAGUAUGGAUCUGGAUCUGGCAAACCAUGUACUUUCGCUUUGGUUUGGGCCAUUCCACUUAUUGGACCCAGAAGCUGAAUACAGUGCUUUUCAAUAAGCAUUGCUUCUAUAGCUUAAGCUUUCUAAUCCAGUUUCUUCCUAGUGUUUGUUUGAAACUUCAUCAGAUCAAAGCUGACCAUGUUCCAUUUACAACUGGGAACCACAAGCUAUCUGUUUAUUCACCAACCAUUUGGCAAUUGCACUCUGUAAAUAAUAGAUUGGGUUGCUUUACUCUGUAAAUAAACCAGAUAUUUGUUUGGUA